UGGUAUCAUUUCUGAGGAGGUGAUAAGUGCUGGGGGGAUAAUUUGGCAAAGUAAGGGGGAGCUCAGUAUGGUUGAGAUUUUAAGUAGGGUUAUUUGUGGAGGAUUAUCCAUGGAAAAGGUGGUAUUUGAGCAAGGGUCUGAAGAGGGUGAGGGAGUGAGCUAUUUUGAAAUCUGGGGGAAGGGUAUUCCACGCACCAGGAGCAGCCAGUGCAAAGGGCCUGAGGUGGGACGGCUGGUUGUGGUUGCAGAACAGCAACUGGCAGUAGUUGUGGGGGGAGGUGAGGCCAGGAAGCUAAUGGGGUGAAUAGGCUAAGACCUUGUGGGCCACCCUUGAGGACUGGGACAUUUAUUUGGGGUGGUAAGGGAGAUGUGCACUCUCAAGUAGAAAAAAUUUUUAUAAGGCCUGCCUUAUAAAAAUCUUGAGUGGGACCCAUAGGGUCCCAACCUGGUUGAAACUUUCCAGGAGCCCUCAGGACAGCUGGUAUCCGUUGAGAUUCAGCACUCCCCACAACCUACCCAGUGGUUGGGUCUGGGCAGGACUCCCCUCUCCGUACACCCCUCACUUGAGUAGACCAGUGGGGUAGUCCACUUAGUCACCGUGACAAUGGUUGCUGGGGAAGGCGGGCGGGUCCUUAUGGUUGUGGGGAACAUUCUGCCUUGGCAGUUGGGGGGUGAUGUGGGGCUGGUGCCGGCGGAACAUGCCAUUCUAUGGGCGAGUCCAGGGCCGUAUUGGUGGCCCCUCAGUCCUGGGAGAGCGCCUCGCCCCACCCACAGCUGGGCCCAUCACCGCCACUGCACCUGAGAAUGCCUGCUGUGGGGGCCUUUGUUCCCACAGUGAGGCUGCCCCCAUAGAGGCCAACAGUCCACCAGUUGGGCCCUUGCCCUCAGCCAGCCACCCAGGCCUCAACACCCAGGUCGCCAUGGAUCGGAUGAAGAAGAUCAAGCGGCAGCUGUCGAUGACACUCCGAGGGGGCCGAGGUGUGGACAAGACCAAUGGUGCCCCUGAACAGAUAGGCCUGGAUGAGAGUGGGGGUGGCGGUGGCAGUGACCUUGGAGAGGUACCCACUCGUGCCGCUCCUGGGGAACCUCGCUCCGGACGGGGCCCACUCAGCUCUGCACCAGAGAUUGUACAUGAGGACUUGAAGAUGGGGUCUGAUGGGGAGAGUGACCAGGCUUCAGCCACGUCCUCGGAUGAGGUGCAGUCGCCAGUGAGGGUGCGCAUGCGCAACCAUCCCCCACGCAAGAUCUCCACCGAGGACAUCAACAAGCGCCUGUCACUCCCAGCCGACAUCCGGCUGCCUGAGGGCUACCUUGAGAAGUUGACCCUCAACAGCCCCAUCUUCGACAAGCCCCUCAGCCGCCGCCUCCGCCGUGUCAGCCUGUCUGAGAUUGGCUUUGGGAAACUGGAGACGUACAUCAAGCUGGACAAGCUGGGUGAGGGUACCUAUGCCACCGUCUACAAAGGCAAAAGCAAGCUCACAGACAACCUUGUGGCACUCAAGGAGAUCAGACUGGAACAUGAAGAAGGGGCUCCCUGCACCGCCAUCCGGGAAGUGUCCCUGCUCAAGGACCUCAAACAUGCCAAUAUUGUCACGCUACAUGACAUUAUCCACACGGAGAAGUCCCUCACCCUUGUCUUUGAGUACCUGGACAAGGACCUGAAGCAGUACCUGGAUGACUGUGGGAACGUCAUCAACAUGCACAACGUGAAACUGUUCCUGUUCCAGCUGCUUCGUGGCCUGGCCUACUGCCACCGGCAGAAGGUGCUACACCGAGACCUCAAGCCCCAAAACCUGCUCAUCAACGAGAGAGGAGAACUGAAGCUGGCAGAUUUUGGCCUGGCCCGAGCUAAGUCGAUUCCAACGAAGACCUACUCCAAUGAGGUGGUGACACUGUGGUACCGACCCCCUGACAUUCUGCUUGGGUCCACGGACUACUCUACCCAGAUUGACAUGUGGGGUGUGGGCUGCAUCUUCUAUGAGAUGGCCACAGGCCGGCCCCUCUUCCCAGGCUCCACCGUGGAGGAACAGCUGCACUUCAUCUUCCGCAUCUUGGGAACCCCAACUGAGGAGACGUGGCCAGGCAUUCUAUCCAACGAAGAGUUCAAGACAUACAACUACCCCAAGUAUCGAGCCGAGGCCCUUUUGAGCCAUGCACCCCGGUCCCCUUGUCCUUGCUGUAGACUUGACAGCGAUGGGGCUGACCUCCUCAACAAGCUGCUGCAGUUUGAAGGUCGCAAUCGGAUCUCCGCAGAGGACGCCAUGAAACAUCCAUUCUUCCUCAGUCUGGGGGAGCGGAUCCACAAACUUCCUGACACUACUUCCAUAUUUGCACUAAAGGAGAUCCAGCUACAAAAGGAGGCCAGCCUUCGGUCUUCAUCAAUGCCUGACUCCGCCAUCCGCUCUGCUUCCCCCUCCAGGCAGGCCAGCUUUCCGCGUGGUGGACACCGAGUUCUAAGCUGAGUUCUAAGCCACAGACCGAGGCCCCAGCAGGCAGCAGCUGGAGGGAUGCCACUCCCCUCACAGGGCAGCCCCCAGCCGCAUCCUCCUCGCUUGCUGCCUGCCUACCUGCCUGACUCAUGCUCGCCUGCCCACAUGUUCCCGCUGCCUGUCCGAACACCCGACCAUUGGCCUGUCAGCCCACCCAUUGGCCUGUCUGCUGGGUGCUAACAAAGCUCUCAUCGCUCCUUCGCCUGGUUUGUCUGUCUUGUCUGUCUGUCUGUCUCUCUCUGUCUCGGUAGUUGCCGGUGGACAGCAUGGCCCUGCCAGCCUCCCACGCUGAGGCCAGGCCUUUCCCCCCCUCCCCAUCAUACCUUCCCCCAGGACCACUACCCCACGGUCAGCCAGGGGUCCGGAGCUAGCCUGGGCUGGGGGAUCUCGACUCAGGAUGUGGCAAUGCCUUGGGUCUGAGGCUUCCUCUGCCUGCUUUCUUGCCUGCCCCACCUGCCUCAUGUUGUGUGGGCCUUUUUUUAUUUGUUUCAUUCAUUGUUGUUUUUAAUUAUUUUAAAUGAGGUUUUCAUUUUUUAAAUGCAAUAUCUCUGUAUACAGACUGGCUGGGCCCCACCCCCUGCGUGUGGCCCUCCCACAGUAUUUUGUGCAAUGAAGCCCCGCUCCCAGCCUUUCCAAGGCAGGGACACAGCCCCUAUUUGGAACCCUGACCAUCACCAGACCCUGGGGUCGGCUAAGGGAAAGCAUGCCUUGACCAUUCGCCUUCCUACCCCCCCGGCCCGCCAUCCUCGGCCACAGGGGGACCUGUGGACUACCGGAGACUCUCUGGGAGGUGGACGAGGUGGGGGGCCCCCACUCUUUCCCUCCUGCUGUCCCAUAGCUGGGGCCUCCUUCCUUCUCAGGGUCUCCUUAACCCAACCCUCCCGCCCCCAUCCCACUCGGUGCUGUUGAGUAGGGCCCUGCCAGGAACUGACCAACUCUUCAAGGAGCCAUAGUGUGUAUAUGUGCACAAGCAGGGGCAGAGGGGUGCAUGGGGUCCGGGCCCAGGUGUUAUCCCUGAACCCCUGGGGAGGGUGAGGCAGGGCAGGGACAGUGUCUGGGGUCAGUCCCAGAUGGGUGGUUACUUCCCCGUCCUCCACUCUAAACCUGGGGCCCUCAAAUGGGGUGGGAGGGCUGGGGUGGGGGCCCUCCUAGUGGGGUUUGGGGGGUUGGGUUCCUGAAUGCACCAUAAUCGCUGUAUGAAAUAUUAAAAAGUCUAAAGUGAAAAA